AUGUGCAAGGUGAACCAUUCUAAUAGGUGUGGUUGUCAGUCCAGAAUUGAGAUUGAAGAUUGGCAACCACAUUCUUGUCCAGUUGGAAGGCCUUUCAAUGGCCACUGCGUUUGUUGUUCCCACAUUGAGCUGGAAGUGAAUGAGACCUUGUGGGAAGACGAACAGGUCUCCUUUGUAAAGGACCUUGGAGAUGAGGCGGUUGUCAGGAUUAGAGGUGACAAAGCCCACAUAAAGUGUCCCCUCCAAGACAGUGAGGAUCUCUUGUUUGUGAAUGGGAAAUUCUGCAAGGAUCCAAAGCUUGCAACGCCAAAUGAUUUCUUCUCUUUGGGGCUUCGUCUUCCAGGGAAUACAUCAAACAAACUUGGCUCGAUGGUCACACCAGCAAACGUGGCACAGAUACCUGGACUCAACACCCUUGGCGUUUCCCUGGCUCGGGUUGACUAUGCGCCAUAUGGUCUCAACCCUCCCCACACCCACCCUCGUGCCACAGAGAUCCUGACCGUCUUGGAAGGCACACUUUAUGUGGGCUUUGUCACCUCUAAUCCUGACAACCGCCUCAUUUCCAAGGUCCUUCACAAAGGAGACAUUUUCGUCUUCCCACAAGGUCUCAUUCACUUCCAGCUCAAUGUGGGAACAACAAACGCAGUGGCCAUUGCUUCAUUGAGUAGCCAGAACCCAGGCGUGAUCACUAUUGCAAAUGCAGUGUUUGGAUCAAAGCCAGCAAUAUCAGCUGAUGUUCUCACAAAGGCCUUUCAAGUGGACAAGAAUGUGGUUGAGUAUCUUCAAUCUCAGUUCUGGACGGACAACCACACCUACUAG